AUGGCGUCCAAUAACGAUAGAAUGUGCUCCAAGCUCUCCAGUUCGAGUCUCCCAAAAAGCAAACAGGGCAGCAAGAGCAAACCAAAACAAGAAGUAGCCGACUCAUGGGAAGACGAGGACGUCUCCGAGCCAGACGAACCAACGUCGCCCAAGGCCACAUCCUCGACCGAGGCCACGCCCGCCGCGCCUCCUCCUCCUCCUCCUCCUCCUCCUCCCACGCCGGCGACACCCUCGUUUGGGGAUGCCGACGACGCAUGGAGCCAUCAGGGUGGCUCGCCGCAAUCGUUUUCGGCCCGCGACGGCGGAGGCCGUAGACCGGAAAAGACGGAUGCGGUGGCGCGCAGGCUCAUCGCCGCGGGGCUGGGCCUCAAGGCGCCCAAGCAGACGGACGAGCAGCGAGCGUACCAAAAGUCGGUACGGGAGCAGGAGAGGAAACGCAGGGAGCAAGAGCGCGCUGAGGAGCAGAAAAGGGCAGAUGCUUCGGAACGGGCAAAGACGGCCGUGUGGGAUGAUUAA